ACAGAUGAAAGAUUUCCACAUUAUUAUUGAAUAUUGGAGUCGGUUGUUCAGCGAAGUCUUGAACGGUGAAUGUAGCAAAAUAAAUGGAAUGGGUAAUAAAACAAACAGAACGAGCAACAUAACAAAUGGAAUGGAUAACGAAAGUCAACCUAUUAUAAAGCUUAAGAUUGGCGUAGUAGGAGAAGCCUACGUAGGAAAAACAUGCUUGGUUCGAACAUAUAUCACUGGAAAAUUCGAAGAAAAUUUUAAUACAAUAAUUGGCUGGGACUACUUCAUUAAACAUCUUAAGGUAAAGGAUAAAACUGUUGAAUUAUUUAUUGGAGUUAAUGCUGGCCAAGAGAGAUAUCGUGGAUUGGUGCCAGCGGCAAUUAAAAAUGCACACGGUAUUCUUCUGCUUUAUGAUACUGCAAGGAUUCGUACCUUUGAGAAACUUGGAAAAUGGUGUGAGACAAUAAGGAAAUUUACUCCACACGCAAUCAUAUUCAUAAGUAUUUACUUUAUUAAUUAUUUCUAGUAUUUGGGUCGAGAUAGCCUGGUUUGAAGGAUGUUGGGCUCGUGUUCUUCAGAACAUGAGUUUGAAUCCCGCGGGCCGAAUAAUCCCCGUGCAUCAAAUACUGACUGAUGCACGUUAAAUCUGCCGGAGACACAAAGUUUACCAAGUUAAGAUAAAAAAAUCAGUACCUCCAGAGGUACUGAAUUGGAGAUUGAGCGUUCUCUACUUAAGGUUAAAAUUACGAUCUGUGUAUGAAUGAAUUGGUUCUCCCUAUAAAACGGGCUGUGACGUGUUCGUGUGACUUGAGUCGUAUUCUUGGCCGUAGAUGGUGCCACUGAGAAACAAGAAACGCACCCUCUACCUUGCAAAUUGGCUAUGAUUUCCCAUAGCAGGUUUUCAAUUGGGUAUUGCAGGGUUUCUGAAGUAAAAAUACAAAUUUAAAUAUUUUGCCGAGUAAUGCAACGGUUGUUUAUGACCAUGGAGUUAGCGCAAUCUUCAGUUUGUAUCCCUUAGGCUUGAUUCAAAUUGCUCAUGUUUGAAACUUUAAGACCAAUAGUAACCGACCUACCCCCGAAGGAGUUUGCGGAUAAGGGUUUCACCCGUUUGCACGUGACUAAACACUACCAAACUACAGAAAAGUAAAAGUACUAAAUUAAAAAAGUUAAAACACAUAGGAAAAA